GUAAGAAUCCAAAUUUGAAAAAAGAUUGAAUCGCAAUUGUGAAAUCCCUCCCAACAAUCGGCCAAGCUGCCUUGUAAAACUCAACAGUAUAACCAUCAGGUCCCGGCGACUUGUUUUUAGGCAUAGAGAAUAAAACUCUUUUCACCUCAUCUUCCAAGACUUCCCCAAGAAGCCGCUCUCUAUCUGCCAGAGAACAACGGAAAGGAAUCAACUCCCUAAGAGCAUCAAUAUCAAUACCAGUAAAAUCCGGUGGCGUGUGUGUCAGUAAUUCCGAGAAAAAACGGACACCUUCUGCCUUUAUAUCCUCCAUACUUUUUAAACAAUUGCCAUUUGGGUCAGAAAUCUCAUGAAUAGAGUAAGCAUUAUUAGAGUAUGUGUAUAGACGGUUAAUGAAACGACGGCGCAUACUACCGACGGCGCGGUGGAGAGAUGUAAUUAAUAACCCUAAAAGUGUUGAUCUGAAAGAAAAGUCUCUAAUUUUCUCUUCAUCUCCGUCGAAAGCAUGAGCUCCAAGGCUAACACAUGCGUCUUCUGGGACGUCGAGGAUUUCCAGGCCCCUGCGUUUCUACUCGCCGGAAUCAUGGUUGUACCCGAAGGAGAUAAAUGUGCGAGAGUUAAUAGGAUGAUGAAAGACAUUCUUUUCUGGGCGCUGGACAAUCCUGUGCAGGAAUCUAUGAUACGAACUGUGAUGGUAAUCUCAAAAAACAUCUCAGAAGACUUUGAGUUCAUUAGUGUUCUUCAAGGUUUGCAUCUGAGAGGUUACAAAGUUUUCUUGGCAGACUCUGAUGAAAAUGUCGAAUCACUCAAGCAAAAUGAGUUUGCACGUUCAUUAUGGCUUUGGACAAGUCUAUUAGAUGGAGGAUAUCCUAUUGCCAAAAGUGGAAGCUCGCAAUCUGUUGACAAUAAGCUGAAGCGGAAGGAGCCUAGUACUGCCACUUGUAGCGGGAGCUCAGAAGGUGCACUCAAAGCGAAUGAGAGCGGAGCUGAUUCAGAUUCUCAGGACAAGAAAUCGAAAUAUCCCCAAGCAGAGAGCAGAGCCUGAGGAUCGA